UUCUUUUCACAGUCUGCUACCCUCAUUGCAUUCAUUUAACUGCUGCUGCGCCCACUAGUGGUUCCAACCCGGCUACAGGCUGCGACUCGGGCGGACUGGGCUGCUCAGCUGCUUCCUCUCCCACCAACUCAUCCACUGACUCCACUAACACCAGCCAUGCUAUUAACGCCAUCUCCCACGCCUCCCCUCCUCCCAUCCCCUCCACCUCCACCCCUAGCAUGCCUCUAACCUCAGCCUUCAGCACCAGCUUUAGCAGCAGCAGCACUUCCAGCUCCUCCUCUUCCUCUGCUUCUGCCUCCAUCAACACUACCACUACUUCGCCUCCAUCCACCACUGCUCCCAUUGCUUCAACCAGCAGCACACAUGCUGAACAGACAACCAGCAUCACUGCAGCCGUUUCAUCUGCUAGCACUAACCAUGCAGACACUAACAGCACAGCGCUUGUUUCUUCCUUCGUUUCUUCACCUGAACCUUAUCCAGGGACGACUCUCCAGCUGCCGUUUCUAACCACCAACCAUCCGUCGACUAACAAAGCCGAUGUUUCUUCUCUGGACGGUUUGUUCUACCGGGUUUCCUUCACGGUGGAGUCUAAGCUCAGCCAGCAGGAGGUGCAGCGAGCCACAGCGCUUUGGAUUAAUCAAACUUUUCAGAACUGGACCCAUUCUUUGGAUUACAUCAGAGUUCAGCAGAACGCAGCCUUGAACAGUUUCACCUGCCAGGUGCUGCUGAUGAUCACCAACGAGAGCCUGGGUGAAGCCGACGUGUUGGACCAGCUGAACAACAACCCGGCCGGCACCAGCCUGCUGGGCCAGGCUGCCAACAUCAACGUUCACCAGAUCGAGAACUGCCCAGAGGACAACAACCUCCACUACCUGUGGCCUGAGACCAAACCCAGAGUCACUCACUUCCUGCCCUGCUUCCCCAACAAGGACCAGAGCGCCUCCAGAACCUGUUUGAUAAACCCAGAAACCUUCCAGUCUGUCUGGUCGGCUGCAAACCUCACCAACUGCUCAGUCACUGCAGAAAAUGCAGCAGGCGUGGCGGAGCAGCUGGCAAACUUCACCAAGAACACUCUGUCCAGGGAGGAGGUCUCUCAGGUCGUGACGAAGGUCCAGGAACUGGUCAGCGUCGCCAAGAUCGACACGGCGGUGGCCGAAUCAGUGGUCCAUAUCAUCUCUAACGUCAUGGUCAGCUCAGAGAAAGCGUCCAACAUAGCUCUGAAAGCUGUGGACGAACUGGCUAAGAAGGUGGAGUUUGAUGGUGCGUCGGUGCACAUCAACUCUAAAAACCUGGCUCUGGGCGUCCUGGCGCUCGACUCCAGAUCGUUCAACGGGACGUCAUUCAGCGCCUUCUUCCCUCCAAACUCCACUGACCCCCAGAUCGAGUUCGACCGGACAGCCAACCCGUUGGCUCAGGUCACGCUUCCCGCCUCGCUGCUCUCCGGAGUCUCUGCGGACGUUUUCAGCCGCUCGUCUCUGUCCAGGAUCAACUUCAUGUUCUUCAGCAGCCCCAGCCUCUUCAUGAAAGAGCAGAAAGGUUUGUCUCUGAACAGCUACGUGGUGGCCAGCAGCGUCGGGAACAUUUCCAUCACGGACCUGCAGGAUCCGGUGAAGAUCGAGAUCGCACAUCUGUCUGAUCAGGGGUCGUCGCGUAGAAAAUGUGUUUUCUGGGACUUCAGCAUGAACAGGGGCGAUGGAGGCUGGAAUAACCGCGGCUGCAGCGUUUCUAAAGAAUCGACCUCCAGCAGGACCAUCUGCCUCUGCAACCACCUGACCCACUUCGGCAUCCUGAUGGACAUUUCCCAGACUUCCUUUAGAAUCGAUCCAGAGAACAAGAAGGUCCUGACGUUCCUGUCCUACAUUGGCUGCGGCAUCUCGGCCAUCUGCUCGGCUGCCACGCUCCUCACCUACAUCGCCUUCGAGAAACUGCGACGGGAUUAUCCGUCAAAGAUCCUGAUGAACCUGAGCACGUCGCUGCUGUUCCUCAACAUCGUGUUCCUGUUGGACGGUUGGCUCGCCAGUAUGGUCUACAGCGAGGGGCUGUGCAUCUCUGCAGCCGUCCUGUUGCACUACUUCCUGCUGACGUCCUUCACCUGGAUGGGCCUGGAGUCGGUGCACAUGUACAUCGCUCUGGUCAAAGUCUUCAACACCUACAUACGCAGAUACAUCCUCAAGUUCUGCAUCGUGGGAUGGGGUUUACCUGCAGUGCUGGUGGGAAUCGUUGUCACGGCGAAUAAAGACUAUUACGGCGUCUUGAAUAACCACACCGAUGAUUCAGCAAUGAUGUGUUGGAUCAAGGAGAAGAGCGUUUUCUACACAACCUGCGUUGGUUAUUUCUGCCUGAUGUUCCUGCUCAACGUGGCCAUGUUCAUCGUGGUGAUGAUGCAGAUCUGCGGCCGCAACGGCAAACGCAGCAACCGCACCCUGCGAGAAGAGAUUCUCAGGAACCUGCGGAGCGUGGUGAGCCUCACCUUCCUGCUCGGGAUGACCUGGGGCUUCGCUCUGUUCGCCUGGGGACCCGUCUACCUGACCUUCACCUACCUGUUCACCAUCUUCAACUCCCUGCAAGGUCUCUUCAUAUUUAUCUUCCACUGCGCUCUGAAGGAAAACGUGCAGAAGCAGUGGAGAAGAUACCUCUGCUGUGGCCCCUACAGGCUCUCAGAAAACUCAGACUGGAGUAAAACGGCCACCAACAACACGAAGAAGGUGAGCUCAGACAACCUGGCCAAGUCGCUGUCCUCCAGCUCCUUCGGCUCCAGCACCAUCAACUGGACCUCCAAGGCUAAAGCCACACUGACACCGUUCUCCAAGCGAAACAGGAACACAGACAAAUGUUUCUCCAACCAGACCAGCCCCAAGUGUGUCUCCUCAUCCUCUUCCUCCUCGGAUGUGGAGCCUAACUCGUCUUCCUCCUCCUCCUCCAUCCUUCCUGUCAGUCAGAUGAUUGACAAGGUGAGAGAUUACUGCUCCACGCGCACCGACAACUUCUACAAAAACAUCAUCAUGUCCGACAGUUUCGCCAACUGCACCCGGCUCUAGAGCUGCAGCUCCAGCUUCUGGAAGACCUUUUCUCUUUGUAAAUAUUCACGACUCGCUUUCAGCCUGGGAUGCGCCUCGUUCUGGAACAUCUUCAGGCGUUUAAGGCUCCUCUGUUGUUGCCAGAGGAGAUUGUUCUGAAUCUAAAGGAGCUUGGGGAAUCUUUGCAGAUCUGACCGGGAACGUCUUCUGGAACGUUUCCUUUUCCGUCCAGGAAAACGGAUCAGCCUUUCCGCCGUCCUAUUACGCACCUACAAUCUUAAGGAACAUGUUUUAUUUUAUUGUUUUCUUGUGUUAUAUGUGUUUGUUUGGUAUUGUAUAAGUAGUAGGAGUUUUACAAUGUGGAAAUCAUUUAGAUUGAGAAAUUUGUUCAAGUUCAGCUCAUUAAAACAGAAUCAGUGACAUUAAAAUCUAGUCCUGUCCUCAAAAUUUCUAUAAAUUAUGACAGAAUCAAUAAUUCAAUAAUUCCCCAAACCAGCUUUAAUGCAACACAGAAGAUUUUCUGAUGACCAAACGAGCAAAGUGUCUCAAGGCCAGAGAAACAACUGGCUGUUGCAAAAUAAAUUAUUAAAAAUAUAACAGCUGCAAACCGUAAGAAGCAAAAAAGUUAUUUUUCAAAAUGCUUGGUGGGAGUCCACAGCUGAGGGCUCCUGCUUUCUGCAUGGAGGGUCUUUCCUGGUGGUUGUUGGUGGUGGACUUUAAUUAUAAUAAAUAUUUACAUAAAUCUGACUGAGAUGAGACUGAGAUCAUGAAUUAGAAAUAAAUAUCUGGACCUUAUUUAGCCAUGAACGUUUAGACUUUCUUCUCUUAUAUAUUCCACACAAAAUCAGCUCAAUAAAAGACUAUAAAUCAUUUAAACAGUCGUCAAACCACCAAUACUGUAGCAGCUUAACUGAUUUAAAUGUAGGCGACAUGGACUUAUGGUGCCGUUUGUAAAGUCACACUGUCAAAACUGAACAGCAACAGUUUGGUUUAUAAAGCCAAACUGGAGAAAAACAUUAUUUCACUCACAAGUUCACCAUGUUGUUCAGUCAUUUAUUCACUGCUUAAAACUAAAUAUUUAACAUUUAGUCAACCAACUAAAUAUUUAGCUCCAAACAAAAUGUUCAGCAAGCUGAGUAUUUAGCUUCAAGCUAAGCAUUUAUAGUUACCAGGGUAAAUGCUUGAUUUUAGACAACAUGAAGCCACCUGUAAGCUAAAUAUUUAGUUAAGUAUGUAGUUGGUAAGCUGAAUAUCUAGCUCAGUAUAUUUGAUUUGAAGCUGUGACAUUUAUAAAUAAAUGCAUAACAUGAUGAAAUUAUUUACCAGCUAAAUAACCCAAACUACUGCUGGUCAUUUUUGACUGCAUGUGUUUUAUUUACUAUUGCAGCUGUAAUACAAAAAAUCUUUUCUGUAUUUCCUGAGUGGUUGAGAGCUAAAUGGUGGUUAAUAUGGUGACAUAUUUCCGUAUUGUAUAAGUUAUUUUCUGGCAGUAAGUAUGUCUUUAAGUGUUAUGGAAACAUCUGGCAGUGACCACAUGAUGCCUCCUGGAUUCAUUCAGGACUGAAGCUCCGCUGCUCAUGCAGACAAAAACCUUUUCCAUUUAAACUCAAAGAGAGGAAUGUUAAUCAUCACUUUAAUAAUCUGUUUAUACACACAGAAUAAGCUAUAAAGAGCAAAAUAUGGCAGCAGUUUUCACUCUGAUGUAGCUUCAGCCUCACCAAAGACAGAAUACUUUGGGUGAAUUUUGCUUCCUGAGUGUUCACUAGAACCAAAUGAUCUUUUGCAAACUCUGCAGAGCACAGAAACCCUCCUGGAAUCAGUUUGAGACACGUCAAGUCACAGGAACAAACCCUAAGUUAGAAACGACCCAUAAAACCUCCCAGUUUUCCACAUCCACGCGUCUCCAGGAUGACGAGGUGCUUCAGUUUGGAGCUAUAGGGUGGUCAGAGACGCUGAUGCGAUCCUACUGUAUCAUGUAACCGCCGGACUGUAAAAAGGGAAAGAGCCGGAGAGAAAUGGGCUGUUAUGUUCUGUUGUCUUUUUUAAUACUGUGAUGUUUGUUUGUGGAGCCAUAUCCUCUGUAAAUAGUGAUCUCUCUGUUCGAUGUGCCUCAUUCUGUGUGUGGAUGCAGGAAGCUGCAGUCCGGAUCGUUGUGAAGCUCCGAGUGCAGAACGGAUGAGACGGGAAAGACCAAACGGACUUGGUCCAGAUUAGACUUCUGUGUUGUUAGGAAACUGAUCUUUGAUUUCUCUCUGCAGCUGUUUGGGUGAAGAUUAAAUAAAUACACUUUAUUGUUACAUAAGCAGACUUUUUCCACCUUUAUGCUGCUUCAUUUUA